AUGCAAAAGCAACGAACAAUUAAGGAAGCUCACAAUCUCAACACACUUGAGUUAGAUGAACUUCUCGGCUCUCUUCUCACAUGGGAGAUCACUCUAAAAGAUAGAGAAGGAGAUCAUCAUCGAAAGAAAGAAAUUGCUCUCAAAAAAUUCAACAAGGGAAGGUUCAAAAAGGGUGAAUCAUCUAAUGAACAGAGCAAACGAGACACCUCUACCUAUUUUCAUUGUGGAAAGCUGGGGCACUUCAAAGCUGAUUGUCACGUUUACAAAGAGGAAAAGAAAAAGAGAAGAGCAAUGCAAGCCACUUGGGAAGAUGACGACUCAAAUGGCUCUGAAAGCGAUAAUGAAAAGGCAAUCCUCUGUCUCAUGGCAAAUAGGGAUGAGGUAAACUCUAAUUAUGACUCUUCCUCUGAAUGUGAAAUGUCCUAUGAUGAUUUAGUUGAUGCAUAUAAUGGAUUACUUGAUGGUUUUAAAGAAUUGCAUGAUGAACUAGGUAAAAUGGUCAAAAAAUGUGCUUCUCAAAGAAGAGAAAAACUUAUCAUUGAAAGCAAAUUUCAAACUCUUCUAAAUGAAAAUGAGUGCUUGAAAAAGGAAUGCACUUUGCUUAAAGAAACAGGAUCACCUGAACUCAUCUCUGAAAAUGCAUCCUUGAAGUUAAUCAUUGAAGACCAAAUUGAUGGUCUAGCAAAAAAAUACAAAGUGCGAAUAGAAGGGGAGGAUAAAAAGGAGCUUACUAAUCUCUACAGAAUAGACAGAGACUUGCUGAAUCAGAUGGGGCUUAAAAAAUCUGAAGACCACAUUUGGUAUAACCCUAAGUUUGGAAAUCCGACAAAUGAGGGCCAAGAUAUUGUCAUGACAGAGCACCAAGCUGAAGGUGCUGAAGUGGGUGGAAAUGCAGACAGUGAAGAAGAACAAGAAGAGGAAGAAGAAGGAGAAGAGGAAGAAGAGGAAGAUCAACAGGAAUCUAUGAAUAUCCCUCUUUCCGAAGAAAGGUCUCUCCGAGAGCUUCUCCUUGAGAGUAUUACUCUUUUAAAGGAGCAAAUUGCCAUUGAGAAGGAGAAUAAGGACCACAUUCUCGCCUUGUGUGAAUGA